UUGUUUCUAUACAAAAGUUUAUAAAUGAUAUAUAUUUAUUAAGUCCUGACGUUAAAAGUUUUUUUAAAAUUUUGUAAAAUGUUUUUUGUCUGAUUUUUACGUAAUUCAGAAUGAUAAUUUUAAUAUGACAAGUCAUUCCGCGUGCAUUCUCUGUACCUGUCAUUUACGAUUCACAUUGAAUAAUUGUAAAAAUUGCGAUACAAAAAAACUACAGAUAAGAUUCAAGAAUACGUGGUAGAAAAAUAAAUAGACGGUUAGAGAUAUGAGUAUAUCUAAAGUCAGCAAAUUACCACGGUCAUAAUAAAGUCUCUUUCAAAGUUAAGUACAUAAUACUCGAUUUUUUUGUACUAAAACAAAUUUAUAAACAAUAAUAAUAAUAAGAAUUAUGAAAAUAAAUUUUAUACGUUCGUUAUUCAAGAGAAAUCAUGUGUGGAAAGUUCCUAGUGAAAAAAAUGAAACCAGUGAAAUUCUUGAGAAGAAUGGAAGUAAUUGGAUGCAAUUUGUCGCAGUCAUUAGUGUCAGUACUAUGAGCAUCGCAUCAGGUGCAUUUGAAAUGUGGUUAUCACCAGCAUUACCACAUUUAAUAAGUGACGAUUUCAAAUUCAAAGUGACAUCAGACGAAAUUUCCUGGGUGGUUUCUUUAUUCAAUGUUGGUGAAAUAUUUGGUUUUCUUAUACAUCCAUUUCUAAUAAAUCGAAUUGGACGAAAGUACACACUUCUUGCAUCCGCUUUACCACAAUUCAUAGCAUCUUUAAUACUCUUUAUGGCAGAUGAUGUCAGCAUGUUAUAUGCAGCACGAAUUGUUGGUGGAAUUGGUUUUGGAGCUGGUGGAGUUGCACAAAAUUUCUACAUCAGUGAAAUAGCUGAUAAAAAUAUUCGUGGACGACUAGGCGCUAUUCCAGCCUUAGGAUUUUUAAUUGGUACAAUUAGUAUUUUAGUUACAGGAGCAUUUACCACCUACAAUGGAAUGAAUUUAACGAUUAUGUGUUUCCCAUUGAUUUUCAUGGCGACUUUUAGUUUUAUGCCGGAAUCACCUUAUUUUUAUUUGCAACGGAAUCAAGACGAGGAGGCAUUGAAAGUUUUAUCAAAAUUCAAAGGUGUCAACGACACACAGACAUUGAAAUUAGAAAUAAGUAAAAUAAAAGAAGUCAUCAUUGAAGAUAGAAGAAAUAAAAAAUUUGUUCUGCGAAGUUUAAUUGAGAAUAAACGUCACCGGAAGUCAUUAAUAAUUGUAGCAAUUUUAAAAAUAGCAGUCGUGUUUUCUGGAGCGAGAGUUAUUGCAACGUAUUUUCAAGUUAUUUUCAGUUACACCGGAUUUACCUUGGGACCUCAAUAUAUCAUGUUAAUCAUGGCACCAACAGUCGCCAUUCUCAUUGUCCCAACGAUUUUACUGGUUGACAUUAUUGGUAGACGAUUGGUAAUUUUAUAUUCAAGUAUUGCCUGUUCAUUGAGUCUGUUAAUUGUCGGUUGUUUCUUUUUCUGGAAAAGUCAUAUUGAUUCAAAUGAUAUGAAUAUAUUUUCAUGGAUUCCACUGAUCGCUUUGGUUGUUUUAGAUAUCGGAUGUAUCGCUCUUGCUGCAACUGCUGGUGUAUUGGGAGUCGAGCUUUUCUCGAUUCAAAUCAAAAGCACUGCUCUUACGGUAUUAUUUUUGGAAGGUCAACUUCUUGAAUUCUUGACAAAAUUCACCUUUGAAAAUCUCACCAACAAUAUCGGGAUUCAUGGUACUUUUUGGAUAUACUGUGUAUUGUGCUUCGUAUUUUCACUGGCAGGUUUCUUUGUCACGCCGGAAACUAAGGGCAAAACUUUAGAAGAAAUUCAAUUACUGUUGGAUUGAAUGUAAAUGAACAAAAAAUAAAUAAAGAUAUUAAAGAACAUGACACAAGAGUAGGAAAUGAGAAAAUUUGAAAAUUUGGUGCGAAAUUUCUAAUAGAAGUUAAAUUAAAAAACAAUUUAACAAUCCGAAAAGACAUGAGAUUUUUUUAUAACUUUAUAUUUGUACUAGUUAUAAAUUACUUUCGAGAUUAAUAAUAUAAUGGAACUUGUACUCGUAAUUUUGUAGCUAACAUUCGAAGCAGAAUAAAUCAUAAGUUAAUUUAUUUUUAAAUAGUGUCGCACGUUAAUAAAAAGAAUGUCUUUACAUA